CCUGGGGGAAUUAUUUCUUAUCGGUGGUUUUUUUUUUUUUGGCCUUUUCUGGUCUUUAUUUAUUUAUUUAUUUGUUUGUUUGUUUGUUCGUGUGUUUGUCGUCGCCCUUAGUUUUGCUUCUUUUGCUUUGUCCCGGGACGCGCAGCCGGCCGCCCUCUCCCCCGCGGCAGCCAGCGCGCAGCCCGGCUCCGUCCCUUCCCCGCUGCCCAGCGAGGGGACGGCGGCGAUGAACCUCAACUUCACCUCGCCCGUGCACCCCGUCUCCGCGCCCCGGCCCACCUCCUUCUUCAUCGAGGACAUCCUGCUGCACAAGCCCAAACCCUUGCGGGAGGUGCCCCCCGAGCACUUCCCCGGCUCCUUGGCCUCCCGCGUCCCCCUCUUGGACUAUGGCUACCCCCUGAUGCCCACCCCGACCCUGCUGGCGCCUCACGCGCACCCUGCCCUGCACAAGCCGGAGCAUCACCACCACCACCCCUAUUUCCUCACCGCCUCGGGAGUGCCGGUGCCGGCCCUGUUCCAGCCCCACGCCGCCCCCGAGCUGCCCGGGAAGCACUGCCGCCGCCGCAAAGCCCGCACCGUCUUCUCCGACUCGCAGCUCUCCGGCCUGGAGAAGCGCUUCGAGAUCCAGCGCUACCUCUCCACGCCCGAGCGGGUGGAGCUGGCCACGGCUCUCAGCCUCUCCGAGACCCAGGUGAAAACCUGGUUCCAGAACCGGCGGAUGAAGCACAAAAAGCAGCUGCGGAAAACCCAAGACGACCCCAAAGGGGCUGGGGGCGAGGAGAGCCGGGGGCAGAGCUCCCCCGAGCCCGAGCUGCCCGAGGGGGCCGCCGCCGAGCCCCGCAAGGGCCCCCCCGGCCCCUUCCUGCUGCAGGACCCCGAGGACGAGGUGGACAUCCUGGAGGACGGGGACCUCCUGGCCGCCCCCCACCGCCUCUAGGGCCGGCUUCGCCCAGCCCCGACCCCGCAAAUCGCCCCUCGCCCCCCAGCCUCCAGUAGUGCCGGAGCCCAGGGGGAUGGAGGGGGGGUGUUUCUGGAUGGAGGAGGUGAUUUGGGGGGAGGGGGGGGGACACACACAGCACGACCCCUGCCCGCAGGGGUGAAGGCAGCGGGGGGCUCUGCGGAGCCUCCACCUACCCCCAGCGCCGCCCCAAACCUCAGCCUGGUGGGGAGAAAAAAAAAAAAAAAAGCGCCUUUCCAUUUAAAUUUUCCUUUCCCUUGGAAAUAUCGGACUUUUCCCCGUUCCCUGACUUUUCCUCGGUUUUCCAAGGAAAAAACGAGGGCACCGGGAGCGGCGGCCGGGGGGUGCCGCCCCCAGCCCCAUAGGACCCCGCCGCCUCCCUCCGGAGCGCUGUGGGUCGGGUUUGGGUCCGGGCAGAGCUUCCAGGGAAGGCGUUUUGCUGGCCAAAAGAAUUGUACAAACGCCCUGCCGAGAUCCA